CACAUGGAAAAUCGCCCACGUCCCAAUGGAGGUAGGGGUGAAAUUCCGCUAUUCUUUCCAAGCGGUGCGCGGCGACCCCUCGGCAUCCGCCGGUGGCAUCUACAUCGACGACAUCAGCCUGACAGAGACACGCUGCCCCAACGCCGUGUGGACGAUCAAGAACUUCUCCAAGAUCAUGGAAACGGCCGACAUCAACACAGUUAUGGACAGCCCUCGUUUCUACAGCCCCGAAGGCUACGGCUAUGGUGUCCGUGUCAUGCCAUUGUCGAGUUACGCUGACUACACCGGGAACUACAUGGGGCUUUACUUCCACCUGGUCAGCGGGGAGACCGACGCAGUGAUGCAGUGGCCGGCGGUAAACAGACAAGCCACCUUGGUAGUGAUGGACCAAGACCCAGACAUUAAGCUGAGGAUGUCAACGGCUCGCAGCCUUACCACUGAUAUGAGGAAGACACCAGACGGACAGCUGUUUUGGGACAAUCCCUCCAAGGUGGGGACGUACGAUUCUUCCUGCAGUUGCUACAGAAGCGGAUCAUGGGGCUGGAGAAACUUUGUAAAGCACUUUGACCUCAUGCGGCGCAAUUACCUCAAGAACGACGACCUCAUCAUCUUUGUCAACUUUGAGGACAUAACAUCACUGAUCAAUACAGAAGUUCCCAUUAAACCGUCCGUGUAAGGUCACACAGGAGUUUACAUCAUGAUUAACUGGAGUUAUCAGAUGCAACAUAUGCAGCCGGGAUGAGAAGAACGACCUGUAAUGAUGAAGAAAGAAUGGAAGAUUACUGCUAUGACACAACAUAAGAGUUAUACACAUAAUAAAAAAAAGUUAUAUUUGGUGAAUAAUCAAUAAAUAAGAGUUGCAACAGAGUUUAUGCUUUAUAAGCUUUUAAAGAGCAUCGUCAUUUUGAACAACAAAGUUAUUUUGCAUUGAACUGUCUUAAUGAAAACUAUUAAAUUAAGCUGUUAAAGAAC